AUGGCAGGAGAUCAGGCGCAGUUUUUCCAGUUAUUAAAUACAUUGUUAUCAACAGAUAAUGACAUCCGAUCCCAGGCAGAAGAAGCAUACAACAACAUCCCAACUGAAGCAAAAGUAGUGCACCUAGUGGGUGCUGUGCAAAAUGUGGAACUGGGUGAAGAGGGGCGGCAGACAGCAGCUGUACUGUUACGCCGCCUUCUUAGCGCAGAGUUCUUUGAAUUCUUCCCCAAGCUGCCUUUUGAACAGCAAGUUUUGUUACGUGAGCAAUUGCUACUAUCACUCCAGAUGGAUGUCACCCAACAGCUGCGUCGAAAGAUUUGCGACGUAGUAUCAGAGCUUGCCAGAAACCACAUCGAUGACGACGGCGUCAACCAAUGGCCGGAGUUCUUACAGUUCAUGUUCAAUUGCGCCAACUCCCAGGACGCAAAUAUGAAGGAAGCUGGCAUUCGUAUGUUUACUUCAGUGCCAGGAGUAUUCGGUAACCAGCAGAACCAAAAUCUGGAUGUAAUUAAGCGCAUGCUUUUGUCGGCGCUGCAGCCUACCGAGUCAGAUGCAUUACGCAUCCAAGCCGUAAAGGCUAUCGGCGCCUUUAUACUGCUGCACGACAAGGAACCCGUCAUCCAACAGCACUUUCAGGAUGUCCUGCUUCCUCUUAUGCAGGUGGUAGUGCAGUCGAUCGACAACGCCGAAGACGACGCAGCUCUUAAGGUGCUUAUCGAGCUUGCUGAGUCCACUCCAAAAUUUUUGCGACCACAGCUAGAGAACAUCUUCCAAGUGUGCAUAAAGGUGAUCGGCGACACUGAUGCCGAAGACAACUGGAGGCAGCUGGCUCUCGAGACGCUGGUGACGCUGUGCGAAACCGCGCCGGCCAUGGUGCGCCGGCAGGCCGCGCACGCCAUCCGCCUGCUGACGCCGCUCGUGCUCGAGAUGAUGUGCGAGCUGGAAGAUGAGCCUGACUGGUCCCUUCAGGAUGACGCAGCCGACGAGGAUAACGAAAACAACUACGUAGCAGCGGAGUCUGCCCUUGACCGCAUGUGCUGCGGCCUGGGCGGCAAGAUCAUGUUGGGAUUAAUCGUAGGCCAAGUGCCUGAAAUGCUAAACUCUGAGGACUGGCGGAGAAGACACGCGGCGCUCAUGGCCGUGUCCUCGGCCGGCGAAGGCUGCCAUAAGCAAAUGGAGGCCAUGCUCGAGCAAGUUGUCAGUGCUGUGCUCAACUACUUGACAGAUCCUCAUCCGCGCGUGCGCUAUGCAGCUUGCAACGCUAUUGGACAGAUGUCUACUGACUUCGCUCCGUCCUUUGAGAAGAAGUUCCACGAUAAAGUAGUGCCUGGCCUUCUUUUGGUGCUCGAUGACAAUGCUAAUCCCCGCGUGCAGGCUCACGCUGCUGCUGCUCUCGUAAACUUCAGUGAAGACUGCCCCAAGCCAAUUUUGACUCAAUAUCUUGAACCAUUGAUGGGCAAACUCGAAGCCAUUCUGACUACAAAAUUUACUGAGUUGGUACAACGCGGCACAAAGCUUGUACUGGAGCAGAUUGUGACGACGAUCGCAUCUGUGGCUGACACAGUGGAGCACGACUUCGUAAUGUACUAUGACCGCCUACUGCCCUGCCUUAAGUACAUCAUCGCCAACGCCAAUACCGAGGAACUCAAGAUGCUCCGUGGCAAGACCAUUGAGUGUGUCAGCCUCAUUGGAUUAGCUGUCGGCCAAGAGAAAUUCGUAGAAGACGCCAUCGAAGUAAUGGGUUUACUAUUAGGGCACAUGAAAGGCGAGGGCCUGCCCGCUGACGACCCACAGACCUCUUACCUGAUUUCAGCCUGGUCUCGCUUUUGCAGGAUUUUGGGCAAGAGAUUCGCGCAGUUUCUGCCUAUGGUGAUGGAGCCAGUGAUGCGCACAGCCGCUAUGAAGCCUGAGGUGGCUCUUUUGGACAAUGACGAUCUCGAAACCAUCGAGGGAGAUCUGGACUGGCAUUUCGUCACUCUUGGAGAACAGCAAAAUUUUGGCAUUAAAACUGCCGGAUUGGAAGACAAAGCUUCGGCAUGUGACAUGCUGGUAUGCUACGCUCGUGAGUUGAAGGAGGAUUUCGCCGAAUAUGUAGAGGAAGUGGUGAAGCUAAUGGUGCCAAUGCUGAAGUUCUACUUUCACGACGGGGUGCGCACUUCAGCUGCCGAGUCUUUGCCGUAUCUCCUAGAAUGCGGCCGUGCUCGUGGCGCUCCAUUUAUUCAAGGAAUGUGGGCCUUCAUUCUCCCAGAACUGCUUAAGGCUAUUGACUCUGAGCCCGAGCAGGAAGUGCAAGUUGAACUGCUCAACAGUCUCGCGAAGUGUAUUGAACUUCUGGGUGCGGGCUGCUUGCCCGACGAGAUGAUGGUGGAUGUUCUUCGCAUCCUCAACAAGCUUUUAACGGAACACUUCGAACGCGCUACUGAGCGCCACCAGAAACGCAACGACGAGGAUUACGAUGAGGUGGUAGAAGAACAACUGGUAGAUGAAGAUAACGAGGAUGUGUAUGGACUUUCGCGCGUGGCAGAUGUGUUACACGCGCUUAUGUCCACGUACCGCGAGAACUUCUUCCCGCAGCUGGACACCCUAUUGCCACACCUGGUGGCGCUCUUGGGACCCGGCCGCCCUUAUGCUGAUCGCCAAUGGGCUAUAUGCAUUUUCGACGACGUUAUAGAAUUUGGAGGACCUGCAUGCGUGAAGUAUCAAGACAUUUUCCUGGAGCCGAUGCUGAGUGGCCUGAGUUCGGCCGAGGCGGAGGUGCGGCAAGCGUGCGCGUACGGGUGCGGUGUGCUAGCGCAGUUCGGCGGCGCGCAGUUCGCGAGCGCGUGCGCGCGCGCCGUGCCGCUGCUCGCCGCGCUCAUCUCCGCGCCCGACGCUCGCGCCGAUCACAACAUUAACGCCACCGAAAACGCUAUAUCCGCCGUCGCCAAGAUCCUCAAAUAUAACCACUCGCAGAUCAAUCGAGAUGAGAUUAUCAGGCAUUGGUUGACAUGGCUGCCUGUGGUGGAGGACACUGAGGAAGCGCCACAUGUGUAUUCCUUGCUUUGUGAGCUGGCGGCUACUGGGCACCCGGCGCUGCAGACUCCGGAUGCUCCGCAAAGGGUCAUCGCCACACUCGCUGAAGCUUUCUUGCGUGACGCUGUACCAACUGAAAACCCCGUGUAUGCGCAAAUGGUGGCUCUUCUUCGUCAGAUACAGAGCAACACGGACUUGUUCAACUCAUGCCUUAUGCAGCUGAGUAACGAGCACAAGGAAGCGCUGCAAACAGCACUGUCGACGUAGUGGCGCCCGGCUCGCCCGCUAUUCCCUGUAUUUAUUGCCCGCACCUGCACCUCGUGCCGCAAGCCCCGCCCCCGCAACAUUUACCCGCGACGCGUCGACUGACGUUUACCCUUCGAUUACUGUGUGUAACGAUCGAUUUCAUUGUAAUGAACUUUUAAUGUAAUAAAAA